UUGAUUCUCAAAGGUUAGAGGUGGAGGGUGAAUGCGUCCUCUGAUUAACGUUAUCCGGAGAAAAAGUUUCUAAAUUGGUUUCUGUUUAUAAUUGAAGUCAGUUAUUUACAGUUUUAUUUAAAAUAUAUAUUCCCAAAUUUUAUUUUGUGAAGUGUGAUUUACUUUGAUUCCGAAAUGUGAUGUGCUGCUCCUGAGAUUUUAUUUUAAUUUUAUCAGCAAAAUGCACAUUCAGCAACAAUUUAAACUUUCAGGUUUAACCUAUUAUUUACUUUAAAGAGUAUUCAUAUAAUUUAAAGAAAAUAUUACUUUGUAAAACCCAAAAUGCUUACGAAAGUGAAUUUACGAAUUUUAAGAGUGAAAUUUUGGACAGGAGAGUAUUCUUUCAGUAAACGAAAUUUAGCAUCCUGGUCAUCUGUUGCGUACGCUUUUAAUACCAGACCAUCCAAAGUAUCAUCUUUAAAAUCACAAUUUCUUGGAGAAAAUACUGGCGUAUUUGGUUAUAAGGAAUUGCAAGAACCAUAUGGAUUUUACCUGUUAAAAGAGAACGCCAUUAGGAAAGCAGAUUUGUUGAUACAGGAAAUAAAAAGUCCAGCUCGUAAACGUAAAAUGGUUCGAGUUUUUGACGAAUUGUCUGAUACAUUAUGUAAAGUUGCAGAUUUAGCAGAAUUUGUUAGGGUUGCUCAUCCGCAAGAAAGAUUUUCUUAUGCAGCCAAAGAUACAUCUAUUAGUAUUAGUAGUUUUGUAGAAGAACUAAAUACAAAUAGAGAAUUAUACGAUAAACUCAAGGCAGUUGUUGAAAAUGGAGACAUUUGCCCCACUGAUCCAAUAGAUGACUAUAUUGCACAUUUGUUUCUUUUUGAUUUUGAGCAAUCAGGAAUCCAUUUGGAUCAAGAAACACGAGAAAGAAUAGUUGCAUUUAAUGAUUAUAUCUUGCAUGUUGGAUCUCAUUUUAUGAAUAAGACAUUAAGUCCACGUACUGUGCUUAAAUCUCAACUACCAGAGAGUAUUCGACAUUGUUUCUCAGGUGAUGGUGAAACUGUUAUUGUUAGUGAUCUUUUUUCAGAUUCAAAAAAUGAACUAAUCCGUGAAGCUGCAUAUAAAAUAUUCUUAUAUCCAGACAGGCAACAAGAAGAAUUAUUACACGAAUUAUUAGUUGCAAGACAAAAGCUUGCCAACUUAUGUGGCUUUCCUACAUAUGCUGACCGUGCAGUGCGAGGCAGCAUGGCUGCUACACCAGAGUUUGUCCAUGAGUUUCUAAGAUUACUAAGUGAAAAAAUAAAGCCUAAAGCUGAUGAAGAUUAUAGUGCUGUGCUUAAAUAUAAACAGGAAUUAAAUAAGAAUGCUACAUCUGUCAUGCCAUGGGAUGUGGCAUUUAUGAUUUCAAAACUUAAACAAAAAGAAUUUGCUGUGGAUUCUUCUGAUUAUUCUCCAUAUUUUUCCUUGGGUGUUUGUAUGGAUGGACUCAAUUUUAUUUUCAAAUCCUUAUAUAAUGUAACAUUACAGGUAGAAGAGGUUGUUGAUGGAGAACUUUGGCAUGAUGAUGUAAGAAAAGUGAGUGUUCGGGAAGAAAAUGAAAUUCUAGGUUAUAUAUACUGUGAUUUUUUUGAGAGACCUCAAAAACCUAACCAAGACUGUCAUUUUACUAUACAAGGAGGUAGACUGUGUGAUGAUGGGACUUAUCAAAAGCCAAUUGUUGUCCUCUUGUUGAAUUUGCCUAAUCCAACAUGGUCUCAACCCUCAUUGUUAACUACAGGUAUGGUUGAUAACUUAUUUCAUGAAAUGGGUCAUGCUAUGCAUUCUAUGUUGGCAAGGACAAGUUAUCAGCAUGUUACUGGUACUCGAUGCUCUACAGAUCUUGCAGAAGUGCCAUCUGUUCUUAUGGAAUACUUCGCUUCAGAUCCUCGAGUAGUGUCAAAAUUUGCUAGGCAUUUUAAAACAGGUGAAGAGAUUCCAUAUCAUCUUGUCAGUAAACUUCAAAGCUGUAAGAAAAAGUUUUCAGCUUGUGAAACUCAGCUACAAGUAUUUUACGCUGCUUAUGACCAAGCAUGUCAUAGCAACAAUUUUUUAAACUGUUCUUCUACAGAUUUACUAGCUCAAAUUCAAAACUUGUACUAUGGUUUGCCUCAUGUGCCAAAUACUGCAUGGCAGUUGCGCUUUGGUCACCUUGUUGGCUAUGGUGCAAAAUAUUAUUCAUAUUUGAUGUCUCGAUCAGUUGCAUCAUGGAUUUGGCACGAAUAUUUUAAAAACGAUCCAUUUAACCAAAUAGCUGGUAAAAAAUAUAGGCGUGAACUAUUAGCUUAUGGUGGAUCAAAACCUCCACGUGAAUUGGUUGAAAAUUUUCUUGGUACUAAAAUGACUCCUGAAUGUCUCUCAGAUGCAUUAUUGAAAGAUCUAAAUUCAGAACCUAUAAAAUGACUCGGUAAUAAGAAUCUAUAAUUUUGAGUUGUAAAAUUUUUUAUAUACAUAGAUCUGGUAUUAAAAAGCUUUUCUGAU